GCCGCCAGUUGGCUGGCGUACUCGUGUCGACGCGGUCGUUAUACAGCAUGCUGUAAAACUCUAGUUUUCAGUUUUCCGCGUUCCGUUUCGCACGUGAUUACGCUAUCAAAGUACACGUAGAGCAAAAGUAAACAGUUUAGAUUAAACCGCUAAUAAAAAUAUAAAGUAGAUUAAACAAUUACACCAGUGACCAUUUAUUUAUUAAGUUCUAGUGAUUUUAACUUUACAGGAUUAGUCUUCAAUUAACGUGGAAAACGGAGUCGAAGAGAAAGUUACCAGUAUGCUCGUUGCUAAUGGAAUUGACAAUGAAAAAUAUUUAAAUGGACCGGAUCAAGUGAUACCAGCAGAUGAAUACAUAUGCUGGACCCCCGGUGGGCACGUCAAGUUGCGAAUAGCUCCAAGAGGAGCGGCCUCAGAACCACCAAUAUCAGUACCUGGUCUUCUCAGUAGAACGGUCGCUAGGUACCCCGACGAAAAAGCCUUAGUUUCAAAACGUAAUGGCAAAUGGGAAAGCAUUACUUUUAGACAAUACCAGGCAAAGGUUCGAACAAUCGCAAAGGCUUUCUUAAAACUGGGAUUAGAGAGAUGCCAUUCUGUUUGCAUCCUUGGCUUCAAUUCUGAAGAAUGGUUCAUAGCUGAUUUGGCCGCUAUCCACGCCGGUGGAUACGCAGCUGGUAUAUACACAACGAACUCAGCAGAAGCAUGCUUCCACUGCCUUGAGUCGUCUCGAGCGAACAUAUGCGCGGUACAGGAUAAGAAACAGCUGGAGAAGAUAUUGUCUAUACAGAGCCGCUUGAAGCAUUUGAAGGCAAUCGUGCAAUGGGAGGGCACGGUGGACACGUCGAUACCUGGCGUAUACAGUUGGCAACAACUUCUGGACAUAGGCGCCAAGGAGCCAGACACGCAAUUAGACAACGUACUGAAGACUAUUUCCGUCAACGAAUGCUGCACGCUCGUUUAUACCUCUGGAACAGUGGGUCCACCAAAAGCUGUGAUGUUAUCGCAUGACAAUCUCACUUGGGACGCGCACUCCGCCACUUUACGAGUUGACAAAAUCAAGCCGACGUUGGAACGCGUUAUAACCUAUCUACCACUUAGCCAUGUUGCUGCACAGGUAAUGGACAUAUAUAUUACAUUGGGCAGUGCUGUGCCGGUGUUCUUCGCACAACCUGAUGCAUUAAAGGGAAGUUUAGUUGAAACACUAAGAGAAGUCCGACCCACUAGGUUCAUGGGAGUACCAAGAGUGUGGGAAAAGAUGUAUGAAAGUAUAAUGGCGGUGGGGGCUUCCAGAGGGGCCAUGACGAAAUAUAUCGCCAAUUGGGCCAAGGAUAAGGGAACCAAACACCAUAUGGCUAGGAUUGACGGUGCCUUCUCAGCUGGUAUGGUCGGCCUUCCAGUUGAUUUUACCAUAAUGGAAAUGAUACGAUUUUGGUAUGAGGGUACAACCUGUGGUUACAAGAUGGCGAAGUCGCUAGUAUUUAAUAAAGUUCGUGAAUCUCUGGGAUUUGACCAAUGUUCACUGUUUGUUACUGCGGCUGCUCCACUUUCACCCGAUAUCAAGAAGUUCUUCUUGUCUUUGGACAUUCCGAUCAUGGACGCGUUCGGUAUGAGUGAAGCGUCUGGUGCGCAUACGCUUGGCUGCUAUCCCAAAUUCAAGUUGGACUCAGCGGGAGAAAUUAUGGAAGGUACUGAGACCAGUUUUGGUGGUUCACAAAGCGUGAAUGGACCCGGUGAGAUCUUGAUUAGAGGCCGUCAUGUGUUCAUGGGAUACCUCAAUGAUGAAGAGAAAACUAGAGCCACCUUUAAUUCUGAGGGCUGGCUGAUGACUGGAGAUGUCGGAAGGCUGGACAAUCAGAACUUGCUCUAUAUUACUGGAAGAAUUAAGGAGCUGCUGAUAACAGCGGGCGGCGAGAACAUAGCGCCGGUGCUGAUCGAGCAGGCGGUGCACGGCGAGCUGCCGCAGCUCGGCUACGCGGUGCUCGUCGGCGACAAACGCAAGUUCCUCGCCCUGCUUGUCACGCUCAAGGCGAAAGUGGAUCCACAAAGUGGUGAUCCAUUAGACGAGCUCGAAUUGGGAACGCAGAAGUGGGUGAACAGCCUCGGCAGUAAGGCCACCACUAUCAGCGAAAUUGUCAAGACCAAAGAUCCCCUGGUUCACAAAGCUAUCGAAGAAGGAAUAGCGCGCGCAAACAAAAAAGCCAUAUCAAACGCGCAAAAAGUACAGAAAUUCACCAUCUUGCCAGCUGACUUCUCUGUUAAUACUGGUGAAUUGGGACCAACACUGAAGAUCAAGAGAAACGUUGUGUACGAGAAAUACAUAGACCUCAUAGAAGACUUUUACAAAGAAUAAUUUUAGGUUAGGUGUAAGUAUAAAUGGGCUGAUAUAUUGAAUUGUUAACGUUGUUGCUCAAAUAGGUUAUAAUGUGCUAAAUUGUGAUCGGUUUAUUGUUAUAUAGAGGUGUACAUAAUAUUUUUGUAACUUAAAUACAUUAAGUUUGAAAAUG